AUGCCGAGUGCACAAUCACCCACUCUUCGUAUCGCGAUUAUUGGUGGAGGACCUGGUGGACUAGGAAGUGCAAUUGCACUCUCUUCUCUCCCAAAUGUCAAGGUAACCCUUUAUGAACAAGCGAAGGAAUUGAGAGAGAUCGGUGCUGGAAUCAGAAUUGGGUUUAAUUGUUGGAAAGUCCUUGGAUUACUGGGUGCAGAUAAGGAUGUGAAGGGUCAUUUGAAGACAAGUGUUUUUCAUAGGUUGGUAAUCAUCUUAUUUUUUGCUUAUAAUCCUCAGCGAGGAACAUCGGAAAGCAUGUGAACUAAUAGAUCAUCAGAAAUGGUUUGACUGGCGAGGUUGUAAAAGCCUCGCCUCCUUCAACUCGGCUCCUUUACUAUCAACCUCAACGAGUUCGAAGGACUCGUCUCCAAUCGUCACUAAUAUCUCAAGUCCCAGAAGGAAUCAUCAAACUAAACAAACGACUUUCCAUGGUUGAAGACCUCAAAAAAGACGGAAUCCGUCUUACCUUCGAAGACAACACAGUAGCAAUAGCAGACUUGCUCGUUGGCGCCGACGGGAUUCGCUCGGUUCGCACCACCCCCUUCUUUCAUUCCCUCUCUUAACAAAAGGCAUUAGGUAGUAAGACAACAAACACAUCUUUCCCACACACGCGAUAAAGUUCACAGGCAGCACCAUUUUCCGUGUCUUAAUUCCUGCAUCUUCAAUAUCCCAUAUUCCCUCACUUCUUCCCCAAACCCAAUGGUGGCACGGCCCUACCGGCCACAUCUACGGUUCUCUCGUCGACGAUCCCACAGAAACUCUCGAAGAAGACCAGAAAUUCGAGAUUGCUGCGAGGAAACUGGUGGAUCCCGCUACGGAUGUGGGCAAGAAAUUUAGUUGGGGCAUUCCAGCUUCCAAUUCUCGCGUUGAGAGCUUUUUUACGGUAUGAGUCUUUCUUCCCCCUUAAUCAAGGAAAUGAAAGUGACGAAAGUAGGACUACGAUCCCAGAAUCCGUGAAGCGCUUUCUCAGGCCCCGGAAGGUUCUUGACGUGAGUUCUCAGCCUUUGCUGGUCCCCGUCUUGAGGAACUUACGGCGUGGGAUGGGAAGGUCGUUUUAAUUGGUGAUGCGAGUCAUCGUCUUUCUGGGGCCUUUGGAUCCGGGGCUGCGUUUGCAUUGGAAGAUGGGUAGAUUUUGGUGCGUGCUAUUGAGUUCUCGCGCGAGAAUGGGGUAAGUGCUGCGGAGAUCUUUCAUGGGAUUAGAAGUCCUUACUACAAGAGGAUGUACGUUUAUAUCUCCGAUUCUUGGUACUUUUCUUGGGUUAAUGAAUGCUGUUGAAUAGGUAUGAGUAUUUGGAUGCUCAGAAGUCAAAGAUUGAGCAGGCGAAAAAGGUAUCGAGCGAUCAGACUUUUGCUGCGAGUUUGAAGCAUAGAAUUAAUUCUUUUGGUGGCGAGGAGACUUUGAAUUGGAUUUAUGGGAAUGAUAUUGAGGAGGUUUGGAAAAAGUUUGUUGAGGAACGUAAGACAGACUAG